CUGAUACUUCUCAUUAAGGACUACCUCGCUUAUCAUCAUAGUGGUCAAAUCAUCCCAGCUGUUUGGUUCAAGUACGAAGUGCAGCCGAUCACAGUGAAGUACACGGAGACACGGAUAUCCUUCUACUAUUUUAUUACUUCAAUUUGUGCCGUCGUCGGAGGGACGUUCACAGUGGCUGGUAUCAUCGACUCAACUUUCUUUACAAUUUCGGAACUUGUUAAAAAGCAUCGCUUGGGUAAACUGUCUUGA